AUGGCUUCUUCAGUAAUAGUUCCUUCUGUUUCUCUUCCUACUUCUUCCACAGCGAAUCACGUGAUCAUCUGGUUAGACCAACAUAUUGGUUUAAUAAAAUCGAACAAUCAAUUGAAAAGUGCCGUCGGAGGACAAACCGAUCCACAUAAUGUUACUCCUACGUCACCAAAUGAACGUGAUAUUGGUAAUUUAAUUCGAUUUCAAGAACUGUUGGAUACGAACUUCUUUGGUAUUCCAGAAAACUUAAAAGCAUUUUAUGAAAUUGAUUCAUGUUUAGAAUGUAUUGGAGAGAAUUUAGCGAAUAGAAAACAAAUAUUUUUCGUCACUUCUGGUACGAUGGGAGAAAAGAUUCUUCCAAAAAUCGCCGAAUUAUAUCCGUCAUUAAAACAAAUUUAUCUCUUCUGUGGUUACUAUCGUGCACAUGUUGGCUGGGCUUAUGAUUAUUUAGAUCAAGGAUUCGAUAUUAUUAUGAUCGAUUUUCAUACGGAUCUUGUUAUGCGUCUAUCAAGAGAUGUUGCCGAAUACUUCAUAUCGGAAGGCAAUGGCCUAAUGCAGGGUAAUUCGCCUGUCGCUGAUUCAGCAGUGGUUUACUUUCGCUGGGCAAAAUUACUUUUAGAUCGAGCAAAUAAUAUUGCUAUGGUAAAAGUAUUUGAUCGUCUUCGGUAUGCAGAAAAUCGGAUGGAAGUAGCUGAAGAAUUAAUCUCGCAACUCAGUGGCGAUGACAACGACAAAGUAUCUCAUGAACAAUUUCCUUAA